ACCUGCCGCUGCGUGCUCACUCGCCUGGCCCACCGCUAUGCUUCGUUCUUCGCUUCACCGGGCCUCCGACGCCCGGGCAUGGCGACGCCUGGCCGCCUCCAUCGGUGUCCUUCACCUCUCCACUGCCGCACAAGCAUCGGCGACCCACGGCGCGCAUCCUCCGAGGGUCCGGAAUCUCAUCGGCGGAGCGUUUGUGGAGUCCCAAUCCAAAGAUUGGAUUGAUGUUGUCAACCCUGCAACACAAGAAGUAGUUUAUAGGGUUCCAAUAACUACCGAUGAAGAGUUCAAAGCAGCAGUGAAUGUAGCCAAAGGGGCUUUUCCACAUUGGAGAAAUACACCAGUAACUUCUCGGCAGCGGAUCAUGCUGAAGCUUCAGGAGCUUAUCCGAAGAGAUAUGGAUAAACUUGCCUUCAAUAUCACAACUGAACAGGGGAGGACUCUGAAAGAUGCUCUGAUGUUUUUCGUGGUCUAGGUCAGCUAAAAAUCAUUUUUUUUUCUAUUUGUUUACUUAUUUAUCAGACUCCCUUAUAUGGCAGACAUUAGAUCAGUCGAAUGUUUUAAAACUAGAUAGGUACAUAAGUGCAGUGAUUGUUAUUUCAGAGGUGGUGCAGCAUGCUUGUGGAAUGGCAACAUUGCAGAUGGGUGAAUACAUCUCCAAUGUCUCAAAUGGCAUUGACACAUAGCAUUAGAGAACCACUUGGCGUAUGUCUCAAAUGGACAUAUCCCAUUGUGACAGGGUGUGGAACAUAUCCCUGUCACAAUGGGAUAUGUCCAUUCAUGUCUUUUCGGGAUGGUCUAGUGGCUAGCACAUAAAAUAUUGUCAUCAUGAGGUCUGAGGUUCAAAUCUCGAUAAAAUCGAGGUAAAUGUCUCCCUUAUGUGCUAGUUAUUAUUCCAAAGGCUAGUAGCCGUCCGUGAUUUACCUCUUCCGUGUUAGCUCUGGGAUGAGUUAGCGGGGAUGCUGGGGGUCAGCGCAUUCACUUUUUGCCACCAUGGAAUAUGUCCAUUCCUUCCCUUGGGACGGUUUAGUGGUUAGCGCAUGAGGUGUUGUCACCAUGAGGUCUGGAGUUCGAAUCUCGACAAAAUCGAGGUAAAUGACUCCCUUAUGUGCUAGUCACUAUUCCAAAGGCUAGUAGCCGUCCGUGAUUUAUCUCCUCCGUAUUAACCCCGAGAUAAAUUGACGAGAACACUGGAGGCGAACGUAUUCUCCUUUUAUCACCAUAAGAUAUAUCCAUUCAAUUUCCCAGCUAUGAUUCCCUUACGAGUGGGUAAAUAUACCUUAAAUUCUAUAAGGUUCAUUGUACUCUUGGUCUUGUACAUCCUGCUUGUUUGUUUACCAACAUGUCUUACUUCUUUCUAUUUUCCUUUUUUUUUUUUUUUCUACUUUCUAUACUUUUGAAUGAUUAUGUAUAAUAAUGUUUUUUAAAAGAAAAAUACAAGGAAUUAUGUUCUUUAAUAAAAUAACAACAUUAGCUAGUAAAAUGAGAAAUAUAUAUAUCCAGUUUCAGAUUAACAUGAAAUAUUUUAUGCAACAUUGUGGUAACUCCUCUCACAUUCUAUAUACUCUAAU